AUGAUGUUCUUCAAGGCCAUCGUUGCCUUCCUACUUCAGGUUACCUCCUUUGUGGCGGCUGCAGAUACUGCUGCAUGGAAGACACGCAGCAUUUACUUCGUACUCACAGACCGCAUCGCCCGCAGCAGUAGCGACACUGGGGGUGGCCCAUGCAGCAACCUGGGCAAGUACUGCGGCGGCACCUUCAAGGGACUCGAAUCGAAGCUUGACUACAUCAAGGGAUUAGGCUUUGACGCCAUCUGGAUCACGCCUGUGGUUGCAAAUAGCGCAGAUGGAUACCACGGGUACUGGGCACAAGAUUUGUACGCGAUAAACUCUAAUUACGGAACUGCAGCCGACUUGAAGAGCCUCGUCAGCACGGCCCAUGCCAAGGGCAUCUAUGUGAUGGUUGACGUGGUUGCGAAUCACAUGGGAUUUGCAAAUGUCGCCGAUAACCGUCCGGCACCGCUAAACCAGGCCUCGUCUUACCAUUCUGUCUGCAAUAUCGACUACUCAAACCAGAGCAGUGUCGAGAACUGCCGAAUCGCCAACCUGCCAGACAUCAAUACCCAGAGCUCUGAGAUUCGAACGCUUCUAAACACUUGGGUCAGCUGGCUGGUGAAAGAGUACAGCUUUGACGGAGUACGUAUCGACACCGUCAAGCACGUCGAGAAAGACUUCUGGCCAGGCUUUUCUUCUGCUAUCGGUGCGUACUCUGUUGGGGAGGUAUUCGACGGAGAUCCCGCCUACCUUGCCGGAUAUGCGAACUUGAUGCCUGGCCUGCUCAACUAUGCCGUCUACUAUCCCAUGAAUAACUUCUAUCAACAGAAGGGGUCAUCCCAAGCGCUUGUAGACAUGAUCAACACUGUCUCGACCUUCCCUGACCCUGCAGCGCUUGCUUCCUUCCUCGAUAAUCACGAUAAUCCUCGCUGGCUAAACCAGAAGAACGACCAGACAUUGCUCAAAAAUGCACUGGCUUUUGUCAUCCUUGCUCGUGGCAUCCCGAUCCUGUAUUAUGGGACAGAGCAAGGGUAUGCGGGAGGUGCAGAUCCGGCAAACCGCGAAGACUUAUGGCGCAGCAGCUUCAAUACUAAUACAAAUCUGUACCAAUCUAUCGCCAAGCUCACUGCUGCCCGCAAAGCUGCUGGUGGCCUGGCCGGAAAUGACCACACCCACCUAUACGUGGCUGAAACAGCCUAUGCCUGGAGUCGAGCUGGAGGCAAUCUCAUCGUUCUUACCACCAAUGCUGGAAGUAGCUCGAACGCCCAGCACUGCUUCAACACCCAGAGGGCGAACGGCCAGUGGACCAACGUCUAUGGUAACAGCGCCACAAUCACCUCUGACGGCAACGGUCAGGCUUGUGUCAAUGUUGCUAGUGGCGAGCCGAUCGUCCUGCUCGCCUCUACCGCUUCGCCAACAACUGCCGGACCAACAACUCUACGCACCUCCUCGACUUCAGUCCGCAGUACUGUUAGUACGGCAUGUCCCACGGCAGUAUCGGUUGCGUUCACCGAACGAGUCGUCACCUCUUUGGGCGACACAAUCAAGAUUGCGGGUAACACUGCGCAACUGGGCAAUUGGAAUGCCGUAAAUGCUCCUGUGCUCUCAGCUUCGCAAUAUACGUCCAGCAACCCAGUCUGGAACAUAACUCUUAAGAUGACGCCAGGGCAGGUAGUGCAGUACAAGUUCGUAAAGGUAUCAAGCUCAGGCGCCUUGACAUGGGAGAGCGACCCUAAUAGGGCAUACACUGUGCCGGCUUGCCAGGCUGAUGCCGUAGUGAGUAGUGUGUGGCGAUGA